AUGGGUCCCCAUCGCUACUCAGAACUUACACGCAGCAUUGGGAUAUUCAAUGAUCAGCUACCAUGGUAUUGGAAGCUCUUCGCAAGCGGUUCGGCAUGGCUCCUUUUGGCAGGGUUUCUGAUGCUCCCGGUUGCAAUGGAGCACGAGUCUUCGAAAUUACGAGGAAAUAGACAAGCGUUGAUUGCUAUAGCUCUCGCUUUGGUUGUCGUCGCAUCCGUCAAUUGUGUCGUAUACUGCGUCAAGUGGAGGAAGGCUUACGAGCUCGUGGAUUCAAUUUUCUUGUAUGCCGUUUCUCCUCCCUAG